CACACAUCCUACCUAUAGAUAUAUAGUCUCAUCAACGAACGAAAGCUACCGUCCAUCAUGAAGUUCACUAUUGUUUCCUUGGCCGCCGUUGUUGCUUCGGCUUCCGCCUUUGCUCCUGCCACCAAAUCUGUCCGCUCAGUGAGUGCCCUGAACGUUUGGGGCGACAAGGACUACCUUAUUGCCCCUUCCAUUCUGUCGGCUGACUUUGCCCGUUUGGGUGAAGAAGUCGACAAUGUUCUGGAAGCCGGGGCCGAUGUCGUACAUUUCGACGUCAUGGACAACCACUACGUCCCCAAUUUAACGAUUGGACCCAUGGUGUGCAAGGCAUUGCGCGACCACGGCGUCACCGCUCCCAUUGAUGUACACUUGAUGGUGUCUCCCGUCGACGCCGCCAUUCAAGACUUUAUCGAUGCCGGUGCUUCCUAUAUUACCUUCCACCCCGAAGCCACCAACCACGUCGAUCGUUCUCUGCAAUUGAUCAAGAACGGGGGCUGCAAAGCGGGCUUAGUCUUCAACCCCGCGACCAGUCUCGAUGCCGCCAAGUUCGUCAUGGACAAACUAGACAUUAUUUUGCUCAUGAGCGUCAACCCCGGAUUCGGCGGUCAGGCAUUUAUCCCCGCUGUCCUGGAUAAGGCCCGGGAAGCACGCCAACUGAUUGACGAUGCCGGUAUUGACUGCCGUUUGGAAAUUGAUGGUGGAGUCAAGACGGAAAAUAUCAAGGAAAUUAAGGAUGCCGGUGUCGACAUGUUCGUGGCUGGCAGUGCCAUUUUGAAGGAACCACGAACGCUCGAAGCCUACAAGGAGACGAUCGAUACCAUGCGCGCCGAGCUCGCCAAGUAAAGACCGACGGCUACCAGCUUUCCAUAAAAUGUAGAGGUAAAUGGCACGUGGCCGUGCGUUAGCAAUCACUAUUCUACUGCUG